CAAGAUAAUACUAACAAAUCAACAACAGAAUAAGUUGUAACGCAGUUAGCUGCUAAAGAUCAGUACCAAGGAAGCUGAAAUGAAUUUUGUUAAUGUCCACAUACACUCAUAAUGUUCCAUAUGUACACACACUCAAGUAGACAUUCCUUUCCCAGAGUCCAAACUCCCAAGUCCCCAAGCAGAACCAGUGCCAACCAGUGCACCAUCCCACCAGAACGGUCAUCUGCCUCUGAACACUCAUUAGUCACCAGAUGUUUUCUUUCAGGAUCAACCAGCCUAUAUAUUUUUUUUGUGUUUCGGCAUCAGUCACUGGUCACUUUAAAGACAACUACAUAGGACAACCUUUGAAGGGUGCAGAGUGUAGUACUAUCAAGAUGUCAGUGAAGUAGUCAGUGAGGUUUGAGGACUAAUCUUAGUGUCUGGUGCUGACAGCUGCAUCAGGACCUGUUCCAUUCACCUCCACAAGUAGACAACAGAGAUAACAGAACCAAGAGCAGUAAAAGAGAGAGAGCGAGAGUGAGGGUUGGUGCUGUAUCCACACCGUCCAUUCUCAGAACACUCUCAGAGAGCACCACGGGGGUCAGCGCAUGGGAAAAAACCCAAACAAAAUACUGCCCGGGAACACAAGAACACACCCAACUCAGACCGAGAGAGAGCACGGGGAGAAGAACACGGUGAAUCGUGAAGAGACACAGAGAGAGACCAAGAAGAUGAGAGCAGACUGCAAGACCUUUUAAAGUCGAAUUUAGCAAAACACCACAAAGCGAAAGAGCUGAACUUUGUGUCCUUCCUUGUGUGGAAUCAUAGUUCAAGAGCGUACGCUUCACGUUUUACUGAAUGGAGUUGAAUUCACACAAGAGCUCGAGGACACUGAACUUCUGAUCUGCUUCAAACAGACUAAAGCUUUUAUCUGCAAAGGAUUCAAACAGAGAGAGAGAAGAUGCUAAAGGGGCUGUUCAGCCGGCGCCGGCUGAAACACCAGCGACUUGAGGAGGAGGCAGAGGUGCGAUUCAAAGGGAAACUUGUGUCUGAGAAUGAGCUAGGAUACUCAUACGUACGGCCAGGCGGCUCCAACUAUUCCAGUCCGUCGUUGGCUCCGGUUGCCAGUCUGAAUGAGGACGAGCGGGUGGGAGAUGGGGGCGGGGUGCUGGGUCUUGCACCUGAACACAUUCCCACCCCUGGCGCCCCCCUCAGCUGGCAGGCGGCCAUCGACGCGGCGCGACAGGCCAAGCUCAUGGGCACCCCCGGAGCCCCGAUCUCCACCGUGACCUCCACGCAGCGUAAACGUCAGCACUACACCAAACCCAAGAAACAGGCCAGCACUGCCUCCACACGUCCACCCCGAGCCCUUCUCUGCCUCACUCUUAAAAACCCCAUCCGCAGGGCGUGCAUCAAUAUUGUGGAAUGGAAACCGUUUGAAAUCAUAAUUUUGAUGACUAUUUUUGCAAACUGUGUGGCCUUAGCUGUCUACAUCCCUUUCCCUGAGGACGACUCCAACGCAACCAACUCCAACCUGGAACGGGUGGAGUAUCUCUUUCUCAUUAUUUUUACGGUGGAAGCAUUCCUGAAAGUGUUUGCGUACGGGCUGCUGUGUCACCCUAACGCAUACCUGCGGAAUGGCUGGAACCUGUUGGAUUUCAUUAUCGUGGUGGUGGGGCUCUUCAGUGCAAUAUUAGAGCAGGCCACUAAAGAUGGUGGGACUUCAAUAGGAGGCAAAGCUGCAGGUUUUGAUGUAAAAGCUUUGCGAGCCUUUAGAGUGUUGAGACCUCUGAGACUCGUGUCUGGAGUACCUAGUUUACAGGUGGUGCUGAACUCCAUCAUUAAAGCCAUGGUUCCCCUCCUGCACAUUGCUUUGCUAGUUCUGUUCGUCAUCAUCAUCUACGCCAUCAUCGGCCUCGAGCUCUUCAUGGGCAAGAUGCACAGAACCUGCUUCUUCUUCAGAGAUGGACACAAAGGUUCUCUAUCUGAGGAGAAGCCGGCCCCAUGCGCCCCCAGCUCCGCCCAUGGACGACACUGCUCGCCGCCCAAUGUAACACAAUGCAUGACGGGAUGGGAGGGGCCUAAUGAUGGAAUCACGAACUUUGAUAACUUUGCAUUUGCCAUGCUGACUGUGUUUCAAUGCAUCACAAUGGAGGGCUGGACUGAUGUCCUGUACUGGAUGCAGGACGCCAUGGGUUAUGAGCUUCCGUGGGUUUAUUUUGUCAGUCUGGUCAUCUUUGGAUCCUUUUUCGUUCUAAAUCUGGUUCUGGGUGUGUUGAGCGGAGAGUUCUCCAAAGAGCGAGAGAAGGCCAAAGCUCGUGGGGAUUUCCAGAAACUCCGAGAGAAACAGCAGCUGGAGGAGGAUCUGAAGGGUUACCUGGACUGGAUCACACAGGCAGAGGACAUCGACCCUGAAAAUGACGACGAGGGACUGGAUGACGACAAGCCUAGAAAUCUGAGUAUGCCGGCCAGUGAAAAUGAGUCUGUGAACACUGAUAAUGCUCCAGCCGGAGAUAUGGAGGGAGAAACCUGUUGCACCCGCAUGGCAAAUAGGAUCUCCAAAUCCAAAUUCAGUCGUUAUUCUCGACGGUGGAAUCGGUUGUGUCGCCGCAAGUGUCGCGCAGCCGUGAAGUCAAACAUGUUUUACUGGCUGGUCAUUUUCCUGGUAUUUCUGAACACGCUUACCAUCGCCUCUGAGCACCACCAGCAACCAGAGUGGCUCACCAAUGUACAAGAUAUUGCCAAUAAGGUUCUACUGGCUCUCUUCACCGGUGAGAUGCUGUUGAAGACGUACAGCCUGGGCUUACAGGCAUAUUUCGUCUCUCUUUUCAACCGUUUCGACAGUUUUGUGGUGUGUGGUGGGAUUCUGGAGACCAUUCUGGUAGAAACAAAGAUCAUGUCACCCCUCGGGAUCUCAGUUCUGCGCUGCGUACGCCUGCUUCGCAUAUUCAAGAUCACCAGGUACUGGAACUCUCUCAGUAAUCUAGUGGCGUCUCUGCUGAACUCGGUGCGCUCCAUCGCCUCCCUGCUCCUGCUGCUCUUCCUGUUCAUCAUCAUCUUCAGUCUGCUCGGCAUGCAGCUCUUCGGCGGAAAGUUCAACUUUGACGAGACACGCCGCAGCACCUUCGAUAACUUCCCCCAGUCUCUCCUAACCGUCUUUCAGAUUUUGACGGGAGAGGAUUGGAACUCUGUGAUGUAUGAUGGCAUCAUGGCGUACGGAGGACCGUCCUUCCCUGGAAUGCUCGUCUGUAUCUACUUCAUCAUCCUCUUCAUCUGUGGAAACUACAUCCUUCUGAAUGUCUUCUUGGCCAUUGCCGUGGACAACCUGGCAGAUGCCGAGAGUCUGACAUCAGCGCAGAAAGAGGAAGAGGAGGAGAAAGAGAGAAAGAAGCUGGCCAGGACGGCUAGUCCAGAGAAGCGUCAAAACUCGGCGAAACCUCCACAGGUUAAUGAGAAGAAAGAGGAGAAGAUUGAACUGAAAUCCAUCACCUCGGACGGGGAGACACAGACUGCCACCAAGAUCAACAUAGAUGAGUACACAGGUGAAGAGAACGAGGAGAAGAAUCCAUAUCCUGUGAACGAUUUCCCAGGAGAGGAGGGGGAACCUGAGGUGCCAAUAGGACCUCGUCCACGGCCGCUCUCGGACGUUCAGCUGAAAGAGAAAGCCGUUCCCAUGCCAGAGGCCAGAGCUUUCUUUAUUUUCAGCCCCAGUAACAAGUAUAAAAAACCCAAACACACCUUUAUUUUUCACAUCGGUGGAUUACAAUACGUAGUAUGUACUCCAACUCUGUUUCCAAAAUUUCGCUCAGACCCCUUUUUUCUCUCUCUUUCUCUCUCUCUCUCUCUUUGUAGGUUCAGGGUUUUGUGUCAUAAGAUUGUAAACCACAACGUUUUCACCAAUUUAAUCUUGUUUUUUAUACUGCUGAGCAGUAUUGCACUGGCAGCAGAAGAUCCAGUGAAGAAUGACUCAUUCAGGAAUCGGAUUUUAGGCUAUGCAGAUUAUGUGUUUACAGGGAUCUUCACCAUAGAGAUCAUGUUAAAGAUGACGGCGUACGGAGCGUUCGUACAUAAGGGUUCAUUUUGUCGGAAUUAUUUUAAUAUUCUGGAUCUGGUGGUGGUCAGCGUGUCUCUGAUCUCCUCUGGAAUUCAGUCAAGUGCCAUUAAUGUGGUGAAGAUUCUCAGAGUGCUGAGAGUGUUGAGGCCCCUGAGAGCAAUCAACAGGGCCAAGGGUCUCAAACAUGUGGUCCAGUGUGUGUUUGUAGCCAUCCGCACCAUCGGGAAUAUCGUCAUUGUCACUUCGCUGCUGCAAUUCAUGUUUGCCUGCAUUGGUGUGCAGCUUUUUAAGGGCAAAUUCUUCUACUGCACGGACACCUCCAAACAAACACAGUCAGAUUGCAGGGGGUCUUACAUAUUAUACAAAGACGGGAAUGUCGGAAAGCCAGAGAAAGCUCUGCGUUCAUGGGAGAACAGCGACUUCAACUUUGAUGAUGUCCUGCAGGGCAUGAUGGCACUGUUCGCUGUAUCCACCUUCGAGGGUUGGCCAGGGCUCCUCUACAGAGCCAUAGACUCCCACACGGAGGAUAUCGGCCCGAUCUACAACUACCGCGUGGUCAUCUCAAUAUUCUUCAUCAUCUACAUUAUCAUCAUUGCCUUCUUCAUGAUGAACAUAUUCGUAGGUUUCGUCAUCGUGACGUUUCAGGAGCAGGGAGAACAAGAGUACAAAAACUGUGAGCUGGACAAGAAUCAGCGUCAAUGUGUGGAAUAUGCCUUGAAGGCCCGCCCCCUGCGCAGGUACAUCCCUAAAAACCCUUAUCAGUACAAAGUUUGGUACGUGGUGAACUCCACCUACUUCGAAUACCUGAUGUUCACCCUUAUCCUGCUCAACACCAUCUGCCUGGCCAUGCAGCAUCACGGUCAAUCUCAGUCCUUCAACAAAGCCAUGAAUAUUCUUAAUAUGUUGUUCACCGGCCUCUUCACUGUGGAAAUGAUCCUCAAACUCAUCGCCUUCAAACCCAGGGGUUACUUUAGUGACCCCUGGAAUGUUUUUGACUUCCUCAUCGUUAUUGGCAGCAUUAUAGACGUCAUUCUGAGUGAGAUCAACCCAGCUGACCCCUCCUCCUCUCCCCCCUCCUCUGUGGUAAGGCCAAUGGGCCUUCAAAACACUGAAGAUAACGCCAGGAUAUCCAUCACGUUCUUUCGGCUGUUCCGCGUCAUGAGGUUGGUGAAGCUACUUUCCCGUGGAGAGGGCAUUAGGACGCUGCUGUGGACCUUCAUUAAAUCCUUUCAGGCUCUUCCCUAUGUCGCUUUGCUUAUCGUAAUGCUGUUCUUCAUCUACGCCGUCAUUGGGAUGCAGAUGUUUGGCAAGAUCGCACUGAGGGACAACAGUCAGAUCAACCGAAACAACAACUUUCAGACGUUUCCUCAGGCUGUUUUGCUGCUCUUCAGGUGUGCUACAGGGGAGGCGUGGCAGGAAAUCAUGCUGGCCUGUUCUCCCAACCGUCCGUGUGAGAAGGGUUCAGAGGACGGCCAUUCGAGCGAAGACUGCGGCAGCCACUUCGCCAUCAUCUACUUUGUUAGUUUUUACAUGCUUUGCGCCUUCCUGAUCAUCAACCUGUUUGUGGCUGUCAUCAUGGACAAUUUUGACUAUUUAACACGCGAUUGGUCGAUACUGGGGCCGCAUCACCUGGAUGAGUUUAAGAGGAUAUGGGCGGAAUACGACCCCGAGGCCAAGGGUCGGAUCAAACAUCUGGAUGUGGUGACGUUACUGCGCAGGAUUCAGCCACCCCUCGGGUUUGGAAAACUCUGUCCGCAUAGAGUGGCGUGCAAGCGGCUUGUGUCCAUGAACAUGCCUCUCAAUAGUGACGGAACUGUGAUGUUCAACGCAACCCUUUUUGCCCUAGUGCGAACGGCCCUGCGCAUCAAAACCGAUGGUAACUUGGAGCAAGCAAAUGAAGAGCUCAGGGCAAUCGUGAAAAAAAUCUGGAAGAGGACGAGCAUGAAGCUGCUGGAUCAAGUCGUGCCCCCUGCUGGAGAUGAUGAAGUAACAGUGGGGAAGUUCUAUGCCACAUUCCUGAUUCAGGAAUACUUCAGGAAAUUCAAGAAACGAAAGGAACAGGGCCUGGUGGCCAAAAUCCCCGCAAAGACAGCUCUUUCAUUGCAGGCUGGCCUGCGUACUCUACACGACAUGGGUCCUGAGAUCAGACGGGCGAUAUCGGGUGACCUGACCGUGGAGGAGGAACUAGAUAGAGCCAUAAAAGAAACCGUGUGUUCUGCGUCCGAGGAUGAUAUCUUCAGGGUAAAGCGUUCUGGUGGCCUUUUCGGCAACCACGUCAACUAUUACAACCAAAGUGACGGCCACGCCUCCUUCCCACAAUCUUUCACAACCCAGCGGCCGUUGCACAUCAGCAAAACUGGCAGCCCCGGUGAGACGGAAUCUCCCUCGCAUCAGAAGCUCGUCGACUCGACCUUCACUCCAAGCAGCUACUCUUCCUCAGGAUCCAACGCCAACAUCAACAACGCCAACAACACGGCCAUCGGACACCGGUACCCCAAACCAACUGUCAAUACGGUGGACGGACACACCGGGCCCCCCCUCACCACUGUCCCACUGCCACGGCCAACAUGGUGCUUUCCAAACAAGAGGAGCUGUUUCUAUGACACGUUUAUGCGCUCUGAUUCCAGCGACAGUCGUCUCCCCAUCAUACGGCGAGAAGAAGCGUCUACCGACGAGACGUAUGACGAGACGUUUCUAGAUGAGAGAGAUCAGACCAUGCUUUCAAUGGACAUGCUGGAGUUUCAGGAUGAAGAGAGCAAGCAAUUGGCUCCCAUGGCGGAGGGCGAUGUAGGGGAGGAGAGGAGGCCGUGGCAGUCUCCACGGCGACGAGCCUUUCUCUGCCCCACUGCACUGGGUCGACGGUCUUCCUUUCACUUGGAGUGUCUGAGAAAGCAUAACAGACCUGAUGUUUCUCAGAAGACUGCACUACCACUGCACCUAGUGCAUCAUCAGGCUUUGGCCGUGGCAGGCUUGAGUCCCUUGCUGAGACGAAGUCAUUCUCCGACUUUGUUCUCGCGUCUAUGCUCCACGCCCCCCGCGAGUCCGAGCAGCCGCGGCGGAGGAGGUCCGUGCUACCAGCCGGUUCCAUUUCUCCGGUUAGAGGGCAGCGGAUCCUACGAGAAACUCAACAGCAGCAUGCCGUCCGUGAACUGCAGUUCGUGGUACAGCGACAGCAACGGCAACCACAGCAGGAGUGCGCAGAGGACGCAAAGACCCGUGUCGCUCACGGUUCCUCCGGUCACACGCAGAGACUCCAUAUCUCUGGCACACGGGAGCGCCGGCAGCCUCGUGGAGGCGGUGUUAAUAUCUGAAGGUUUGGGUCGCUACGCACAGGAUCCAACCUUCAUCCAGGUAGCAAAGCAGGAACUAGCAGACGCCUGCGACAUGACCAUGGAGGAGAUGGAGAACGCUGCCGAUAACAUUCUCAAUGCCAACACUCCACCCAACGCCAACGGGAACCUGUUACCCUUCAUCCAGUGCAGAGACAUUGGUUCGCAGGAGUCUCGUUGCGGCCACGCGCUGGGGCUGUCUAGCGCCGCAGGGUCAGACGAGCUUCUGGGGGAGGAGUUAGACCUCUCUGAGGGGGCGGGGCUACGGAACAGCGCUCUGUUGGAGGACGAGGACAUGGAGUGCGUGACAAGUUUGUAGGGGGAACGUCAGCACGAGGACUUCCUGUGUCUUAGCCCAACUCUCGCCGAGGACACUGCCGUCCCGCAGUCUGACCGUUUGUUGCGUGUACCUACCGUAGGGGUAUAAGGCCAUUCUGCUUAGCUGAGAGCGAGUCGGUUUUUAGUUCGUCCGUGUGUUUGCGAGAGCACGAGCGAGUAGGCGAGUGUACGUGUUUGUGUGUGUGUUUCUAAAGUGCCUCACAGUUCUCACAACCUUGAUUGCGUAAGGAGGAAAUGAAAAAACAACCCUGACCGAACAGGGAAUCGUGGGAAAAGAUGCGCUGUUACCCAACGAAUGGGAUACUGUACGUCCGUCGGUGGACGCCUGGGGGCCAAAGUAGGAUUGCGGUGACCUAUGUGUCUUGGAAUCCACGGCCUCAUACGGUGCGGAUGUGUGGUGCGGAGCGGAGCGGGCUGUGUCGGGAAGUGUGCCGUACAGGAGCGGUCACAGGUUCGAGGGAUGCUCAGAAAGACUAAAUGGACAAACUGGAGAGGCAAAGCCCACUCAGAUAUAACACCCGUCUCACUUUUCACGGGGCUGUCCUUCAUCCAUUCGUCAGGAGAAGCGUCGUCUAUUAUACAACCCCAACCCCUUUUACAGGCUCAUUUUCAGUUCAAGAUUUUGCUGCUUUUUAUUUUAUGAGUUCUACCCAUAAUUCUCUGGUUGAGCUGUUUUGUUGAAACGGCUUUGAAAGACUGAACGGAACUCUCUGAAUUUCCCUCUCUCUGUUUUGUGUACCGUUACGGCUUUCAGCUGCUAGCUGGGAAAGGUCAUUGCAUCAGUGGCCUUUGACUUCCAGAAGUGCUUCACUGUUCUGCCGUUUUUUCCCUUCUUCCCAGCAUUUGGUAUUUCUAUUAUUGUUUAUCUUGAAUCGCACACAGGUGGAUGCUGUUUUUUUUCUAAAUUAUUAUAAUUACUAUUAUUAUUGAAGGAUGUUUAUGCCAGAUGCAGUGUUGUGACUCUAAUGCCUCUUACAGACAAAAAGCUAUUUAUUUAUUUAUUCCUGUCAGAGGUUGGCGUGUGUUCAGGGGGAUCUCUCUCAUGUUGUUUAUCGGUAGCUCGCGAGCUGUAAAUGGGCAGUUUAACUCACCUGGACGCAGGUAGCACUGAUAGGUCACACGGUUCCAAUGCUGCUGUUGGAUUGGACGUUCUGAAACUACUGACGUUUCUUCACUGCUGAUCUCCAGAAACAUUCAGCCGAUAGUGACAGACGGUCUGCACAGGAAACAGCAGAGCUUCUGAAGGUCAGUAAAGGCGCACUUUGAGGAGAGGAAGCGUGGAUUAUUUAGGAAGCGUAGCGCAUCAUUUCAAAAACACUAACGUAGUUCACACAGGGCUAAAUAUACUACCACGAUUAAGUCAUUAUGAACGAACAAACGUCAGCAGUGUCAUGGCCUUCAUCCAUUAAUGUUAUUAAUUAUUAUUAUUACUGUUGUUAAGGAUAUUUUUUUCUGCCGGGUUCAUCACUGAAUCCAUGCAGUUCACAUUUACACGCAGAACUACUUUUUUAUCUAUUAUGCAAAUAAGCUGUUGAAGCGUUAGCAGUUACUCAUGUUGCUUAUGUGAGUUCAAAGUCAUCCCCUAAACACAUCCAUUAAUGAGAAAUGAUAUUGUCGAUGUAUGAAGCGACUGAAACCUGACCAAUCCGCAUCCAGAGCUUCUUUCUGUAUGUCUGGGUUACAAGUUUUCGUCACCGUUUUGCUUCAGAAAAUUAUUAUAUGAAUUUCUCUUCAAAUAGAUAACAAAUUACUUCCGUCUGCUUGACUUGUUUCUACACCGAGCGUCCUGUUGUUUCCUGGCGUUUUGUUCCAGGCCUUGGACAUUGAAAUCCCGAUUGAAAUCCCUUUCACUUGUCACAUGCUUUCGGUUGGGAGUUUCGGAACGCUUACAGGAGAUGUCUGCUCUGAGGACAAAGCAAUGCGUGCAAAAAAGAAAUUUGGAAAAAAUGUAGCCAGAACCCACCCGCUCUGUUCCAAAGCCGUCACCACACUCCCAUAUCUCCUAUACACACGUGCCAUGUGUCAUUGUGAGGCUGCCCAGGCACAUUUCGAGGCCUUGGUUGUGUAUGUGUGUCGAGUUUAUCUGUGUUUAGUAUAUGCACAGCGGAAAACUAAGUGCGAAUGUGUAGUCGAACGUGUGUGUUUAUGCGGUACGAGUGUGUGCGUGCAUGCGUAUGUGCUUGCAUACCACAAGAUAUGCAAAAACAAUGCAAUAACUUUGACUGUACAACAGUUUCCUUCAGAACUACAGCUGUACAAAAAUCUAAGAUCCAGAGAGAAUAUAUUCACUGUUGUGUAUUAAGUUGCAGAACUUUAAAUUCAAAAAACCUGUCAUACUUGAAAUGGGGUGAAUUUGAGUAUUGAGUAUUUUAACAAUCUUGUGCGGGUCAGUUUGGUUUGAUGUUUUUCUUCCGUUGGAAUCGAUUUCUUCUGCAUGAGGUUUUUUUUGGUGUGCCAAGCUUUCCAGUAACUUGGUUUUAUUUCGUUUUCAUGAAACAUUGAGGAAACGCCGAUGACGGGUCAGACGAAACGUGAAGGUGUACAUAGAGGUGGAGAGCAACGUCUCGUCGGUGCGAAAGUGAUUUUGCAUAUCUUGUGCUCAUCCAGCUGAAAGGUGCAUGAUACGCAAGAGCAGCUUUCUCUCUCUUUUGAUCACUGCUCUUUUCUGUUUUACCUUAUCACUCCGUUCUUCUUCUUCCUUCAGCAGACAUCACAGUGAAGCUAAAUCUUAUUACAUUCCCCCACACACGUACAUGCCAGGUUAACAGAUUUGAUUUGAUUUUGGACAGCGGGGAUUGUUGGCCAUUGACAUUUUCACAUUGUGUUUGAGGCUACAUAGGAAUCCCCUCAUUAUGUGUCGUUUCUCAAGUCUUAUGGACAAUCUGCAUUUGGAAGGAAUAUUGAACUGAUCAGAGGUUUAAACGAGUCUAAGCUUGUUUUUUUCUAUCACGUGAUUUCAUUUGCAUGGAAAUGCUGGAAUCUAAAGACUGGACAGACUAUCCCUUCAUUAGCCAAUGAUUGUAUAUUUUUAUAGACUAGAGAAGAGUUAAAAGAAAAAUAUAAACUCAUCUAUAUCUGCUGAAUGUCAGGGUCAAAAUGGCUACACACAACAGUGUUUGAGAAUGUAUGUAGUGACUUAUCUGUAUAGAUAGAAAUUAAAUUUACGAUAGAGAAGUAUAGAAUAAAUCAUUCGUAGUCACUGCAGUAGCUCCUUUUGAAACUCCAGUUGUACGGAUGGUUGGGCAUUUAUUGAGGGAGGCGUGCAAUGAGAUUAAUCGAGGGCUUGUUCAGAGCUGCUGUUUUCAAUCGGAUAUAACACGUUCCCGGCGAGCGACAGAACAGUCUGGAUAAGCCACAAGCUUUCGGUCUACAAAAUCAGCCCCCGUGUUGAAUGAAAUGCGCAUCAGCGGAUGAACGAUCUUUUAGGAAGCGCUAUGUAAUGCUCAGGCCUGGUACCAAAUAUCCGACUGAAUAUUUUGUUAGUUGCUCGGUGGUGUUUUUCUGCCCAAAUCGUUUAAAUGUAGCUUUUUUCUCUCAGAGAAUCAGAAGUUAUUUUAUAUAUUUUAAUAUGUGAGAAAUAUUUAUGAAAUGGAAAGAUGACUUAAUCACAAAGUCAGUGAUUGACUGCAAUUGGUCGUGAGGUGCAUUAUGUUUACCUCGUGUAGCAGCAUAAGCAAGAUUCCCUAAAAACAAAAGAUGAUUUAUUUGAAUAGAUGACGUUAAAAAUUACAUGAAUAGAUUAUAAACUCAAAGCCUUUGGAAAUGUAAAACCCCCAGGAAACAUCCCCUGGUUAUCUAAUAUUAUCGGAAACGAUCCAUAGUAAAUGAGCAGCAGUGGAACGUUGUCGAGACGCAUUACAUCUUAGUGUCCCUUUACAGCGAUUGGUUUUUCUUGGAUGAACCCAGUAAUGAAGGAACACGGAUGGUUUUAUAGUUUAGGGAAAACAUUUUUUGGGUUUGUUAGUUUUAAGUCUUUGGUUAUGGAGUUCUGUAUAUGGGUUUCUGGGUUCACGUGUGCUUUUAUGGAACUUUUGCAUGUUAGAUUGAAGGUGCGCGCUGAGGGGUUGACCUUUGACCAAGAGAAAGCCUGGACAGGUGCAAAGUUUGCCCUCUGGUUUAACCUUUGUGUAGCACGUAUCUCCAAUGUCCUCCUUUAUAUGACUGUUAAUUUGAUAUUAUAAUAAGUUAAUGUAGUGUGUAAUCGAGUUUUAACGGUAAACUAAAAGCUAAGGUGGUGAUGCAAUAAUCACGAUUUGCACAUUUAAACCACAUUUAGUUUGAUACGUCAUACACAUAAUCCAAGUAAAGGAUGAAUUUAUGCAUAGAUUUUAGCUGUCGUGUAAAUAUUAAUUUCGCCCUAAAUUCAAAAUGUCAAUCUCGCCAUAGUUUCAUUUCAGCAGGUGGGACUAUAUUUUCAUGCAGAUUGGUUCAGGUCGAUUUAGUGCACCGAUGGCGCUGGAAACUGAAUUAGGGCCCAAUGAAUGCGAAGGUGUUUCCGAGUGGCAUUUCCCUGCCUCCAGUUCCACCCAGCGAAUGUAGCACUAGAGAGAGAAAACGGGAGGAACGGGAAAAGAUUUGGAGGAGGAGCUCAAGAGUAUUAAUUGCACAAAUUUCCAUGUAUGAAUGAAGUCAGCGUAGUUUGAAUUUAUUCUUUAUCACAUCCCGAUUUCAUUCUGCAGAGAAGGAUGUAAUGUUUGAUCAGGUCUGGUUGGGCGCAAGAAGCUCUGGGCUUAACUUGUUGGCUCCGGUUGUUUCUCUCUUUCUCUAAUGGGCGGCAGGCCUGAGGGAUCCUAUUCCCUGAAAGCACCACCACGUGACGCUAUUUUCCUUGCCGAAUUAGUUCACACGUUCUUUGAACAUAUCGUCUCAGUCGCUUUAUUUCGAUGACCACAAGACCAGCUUACGUUGUUUUAAUUGGCGGUACGAACAGGAAAUGUAGUCUCGAGGUCCUGAAGCGUUGAGAUUUCUGAGCUGAAUUAAAAUGAGUUGUAUUGUGCUUUUGGUAGAUGUUGAAGGCAUCAGUGCUGGUCAUUCGGGUCUCUCGUGGAACACAGACAUUCACAUUUUGGACCACCGACUUUAGAGCCCGGGUGUUAUUAAACCUCUGUGAGACGUCUGCAUGGUCUGUCAUUCCCUCCUCUACUUUCGCCGAUACUCCGUUUCAUUUCAUCGUUCUUUCAUUUGUUCAUUUAGAUUUGAAAAAGAAUACACAACAUAAAUCAGAAGAUUCAAUCACUUUUUCUACUCCUAUUUUCGAAAAAAAGCGAAACGAAAAACCAACCAAAAAUAUUGGAUUUGUAAAUAAGUGAUUGUACAGUUUGUAUCUGUAUCUGUCAGUCUGUCUUUGGUGACAGAGUGUGUCUUGCUUAUAACGCACGCUACCAGUAAAUAAAAACUAAAAAAUAUCUUUAGAUUGUAUGGUUCUCGACAGGAAGUUUUAAAUUAAUCUCUGCUGUAUAUUCCUGUAAUAUUGCAUUUUUAUCUGAGGAAUGAUGUUAUUAAACAAUUGCAAAUAAAGUGAAUUUCCUAA